CUUUACAACAGGUGAAGGUCGUUGACUGAAGUGAAAAUAAGAAAAUGGCUUUGACAAGGGCACUGCCGAGAUUAAGGAUUUUGCAGACUUCAGUACGGUUUCUGGCCUCAAAACCAGUUGAAGGCCGUGAAGUGGACGAAGUAACACACACAGGACAGGUUUGGGACAAAGAUGAUUAUAGGCGAAUCAGAUUUUUAGACAAAAAGAAGCUGGUCAACAAGAACUGGGCCAUCAAUCUUAUAGCAGAGGACCCAGUUGUUGUUUGUGAAGAGAAAACAGUUUGGAGCAACAGUGGGGGUGCCCUGGGUCAUCCAAAAGUCUAUAUCAACCUGGAAAAACCCGAAAUUUCAACCUGUGGAUAUUCUGGAAGAAAAUUUAUCUAUAAAGGAUUUUAUAAUGAAGCAGAACAUGGACCUUCAAUCAGCUAUGAACAGUAUCUUGAAGAAAUGAAACCCAAACCACGGGAUUAGUUGUAAUUCAUGUGAAAGAAGGAACUAUGUCACUCAACAACUACUGUUAUAACUGUGCAUUUUGUCAUAUUUUGAGUUGUUAAUAAAAUAUUAAGACUGCUA